GAAUAUAUUAUACCACAUUUAAGUAACGCUAUAUAACGCAGAAACUUAUUCUUAAACACUUUAUAUUUUUAGAACGUCUAUAAGUCAACCAGUGACUUUGCUUAUGUCCGACCUCGUGACACGCGAUGUAUGGACGGCGUUCGACUUACCCGAAAAUCAAUUUGCUCAAUAGAUUCGCGGAUAUCCGAGGAUUCGGGUUGUUGAAUUUCUUACUGACGUUCAUCUUUUUUCACGCGGCACCACACGACGUGACGACCGGAUUGUGUAUCAGAAUCAACUACUCCACUGAUUUAUUCGCGGAAAAGUGGGGGCGCUGAGAGUUUCGAGAAAGAUGGCGCAGCCGACACAGACGCCGCGAGUAUUGUUUAUAUUUACAGGUCGAUAGGUGUGUUUGUACAUAUACUUCGUUUUGCAAAUUAUAAUCGUUUAACUUGAAAUUGUUUUUCUGUGUGAAUCUCUCGUCCCGAGUUGUUAUAUUCAUCAGUGGGAAUUUCACACGGAUACAAUAUAUCGCAUAUAUGAGCCAUAAAUAUAAAAAUAACGUACGUACAAUUCAAUAAGGCUCUUAUAGGCGUUAGUCAAUAAUCCGCUCAACAUAAUGGCAUUUUCAUUCCGAGUCGGCACCAAUUGGUGCCACGACUUUCCGAAAUUAGCCAGGGACUCGGGGUUUUACUUUAACAUGCAUGGAUCUAGAGUACGAGUGGAUUGGAAUCGUAUAAGUGCUAUAGACAUAGACCGAGUGAUGCGUGAACGAGAUUUCUCAACCAUCGAUGAGAACAUUAACAACGUAAUAGAUUAUUGCUUGGAAAAUGAAUAUGACGUCAAGAUUUUAGAUUCUAACUUUGUCAAAUUAUUUAGACUAGCGCAACUGUCAGUGGAAUAUUUAUUAUAUUGUAAACAAUACUUAGAUCACAGUGUAAUAAUAUUAAAGGAUGAGUUGAGACUAAAAAUAGAACAAAAUGUUGGCAUGAAAAAGGAAAUUACUACUUUAGAAGAAACCAUAAGAAACCUGAAAGAGAAAUCAAAGGAGAGGUCUAAUAAAUUAAUUGAAGCCAGAAUUGGUGAUUCCACUGGAGAAAUUUACAAGUGCCCACAUUGUCCGAAAACUUUUGUAUCUGCUCUCUUCGUAAAUGCUCAUGUAGCACGUCGACAUUUAUACAUAUCAGACACGUCUACCUCUCCUCCUAUGCACGAACAUUAUCGAGCAGAGACUGAAAAAUUGCACAAUGAGAUAAAAACUUUGAAAGAGAGGCUCAAUCAGACUGAGAGAGUAAUAAUGAAUGAAUCCGAUAAAUUGCUGGGCAAUACGGACAGAAACUAUAUCAGGAAUAUGAGCAAAAAUGAAUAUAAAGUUGUUACAACUGACUCGAAACAAGAGCAAAAAAAAUAUGAAGAAGAUAUCAGCAGUUUGAAGAACAUGUUGUUCAAUGAGAUACGUGCAUUAAAAGAAAAAGAGCAGAAUAUAAACGAGAGUAUCUUGGAAGCGAAUGUGAAAACUUUCAUUAGUCAGCAAGAAAAAGAGAUUGAAAGUCUGAGAAGCCAACUUCUCGAAAGAUUGACUCCGAGUAUAGAAAAUAUGCAGGUGAAAUUGCAAACACAAGAGGAUUAUUGGAAGGCGAAACUGGAAGAUAUGGAAGCUCAGCAUCACAGGGAUAUUGAAAAAUUAACCACGGAAUUGAAAGUGACUCAACAAGCGACUGAUCGUACGAAGACUGAAUAUGCGUCCAAAGUGCACGACUUGGAGAGACUGUCUAUGAAUCAAUCGAACAUGCUGGUGGAACAAGGGAAGCAAUUGAACAGCUUGUCACGCGAGAUCAGUAAUUCGCAGAUACAAAAUAAUGACAAAACCGGAGAAAAAGUGGUGGAAAAAUUUUACGAAUCACCUGUGUUAGAAAUAAAACGUGAUAAUAUGGGUGAUAACGAAAGUUACCGUAAGAACUUAAGCAGUACAGUAAAUGGCGAGAUGGUUAUCAAAGACAUCGAGUCCAGUCGAGAAUAUAGCGACACAUCUAAUAACAAAGAUGUUGCGAAUAGCCGAGAUAUCAGAAGGUCGAUCAUCAAUCUUGGUAGAAUUGCCGAACGUGCAAAAUCCAAUUCGAAAAAUCUGCAGAGGUUAGAGACUAUCAGAAGAACAAGAGACAAAGCGAAGUAUGAUAUAUCCAGAGAAAUGGACGAAACGCAAAACCAUUCAAAUAGAAGUUUCAGUAGUAAAGAUUCAGAAGAUUUUCCUAAAAAGCAUAACGUCGGAAGAAUAAGAAUACUGCAUAUGGAUGAUAUAAGAAACAGUGAGAAAUCUGAAGAAUUUCUGGAGAAACAUAGCGUGAGUUCCACGACGGAGUCGUCGUCAGACAACGUUACGAUAAACGACGACGACGACAUUACGACGAUGAAACAAUACGAGAUGAAGAUCGUGGUGCAGUCUCCUGACAUAAGAUCAUCGUUGCAGAAAAACGCUCGCAAUAUGUUCGAUAACCGACUGAAAGAUUUAGGAAUUGAUCCGGAGUGGCAAGGUAUACCUGCGGCAACGUUUAAACAGAAAAUGGAUAUUGUGAAACAUCAGCAGAAUAUUAAUGCGAAGAAAUUGGCGCAAUAUAAUCGAAUUAAACAGAAGAUACUCGAGAACGUUCUUCGAAGGAUAUCGGGACAAACUGUGAACAUGAAGUCCCCAUUACACAAACUAGUCACACACGUUAGAUCGAAGGCCGUGAAAGCGCUCAGCAGCCAUAUAGAUAGUGAUGAAUACGUUCGGGGAACGGGAAACACAUCAAAGUUGCAUCUAAAGCAGAAGAUCGAGCUCCUCCCUAGAAAAUAUAAGGACGAAGAGACGUUUGAGGAUACGACGAAUCCGUUAAUAAGAAACAGGCCGGAUAUUUACACUAGCCCGAAAGUAACACAACCGAGAUUAAUCGCUAAUCGUUAUAGAAGCGCGUAUCGGAAUAUUUCUUCCGCCGAAAGUUCUCUCGAAAGUUCGCCAAAGAAUAUCAGAAAACAGAUCUCGUGUACGAAGAUAACGGUGUUGGAUAACAGCGCGCGCAAAAUAGACUCUCCGAUCGGCAGGAAGGAACGGAAAAUUUCGGAAGCAUCGUCGAAGCUUCCGUCGGAAUACGAGUCGGACAGUACGAACAUCGUCGUGCAGCAUGAAGAUUCAGUCGUAUCACCGAAGAAUAAUAAAAGCGUCCUAAAAUCAACGAGCGGCUCGGUUAGCAGCUUGAUUAAAAAGAAAGUCAUAUUCGAUUUAGAAGAUGGCGAGACAACAACUCUGCUAGGAAAUAAUCCCGUCAAAGAAAGCCAAGUUAAUAACAGCGACUGGAACAACAUCUCAAACUUCUUCGAGACGAGAAACUGUAUACUGCAGAAAGAAAAGUCCAUGAGUACAGGUAGCAUCAUACUGAAAACUUCGCAGAGUGACAAAAUUGCCGAAAUCUCGAAGAAGAUACAGGAACAGUUGAGCAUAGUGAGGAAACCGCCGCCUGUGGGAUCAGUUGAAACAAUCUUCCGAUCGAACUGGCAGGACUUGACUGACUAUAGUGCAGAGAAUCAGUUGUUAAAUUCAACCAGUCUCCCGAAUACAAUUGCGGAAAGUCCUGUAAAAAGCUUCACGAGUCCAAAGAUGAAAAAUAACACGCUAUUUUCACAACUCAUCCCGCAAACUCUGAAAGAUAAAGAUCUCAUUGUAGUUCAGCGCAAAAAUGAAUUGUCUUCGUUAAAGCAUUCCGAUUUAGAUUCAGAUAUCGACGAAAUAUUACAGAUGGAAUGAGAAAAUUGUAUUUUAUUAGUUAUACGCGCUCGUGCGCGUAUGUGUGCGCGCGCGAGCGUGUGAAAUCUCUGUUUUAAUUGCAUUUUCUGCGUUUUCUUUCUUUCCUCUAUUCUAAAAAACCUGAAUGUAUAUACAACUUUACUAAAUAACUGUAACUGUAAGUGUAGAAAAUAUAAGAAAAAGAGAAGUCGAA